AUGGGAGGUACAGGCAAAACUACACUUGCCGAAGCCAUUUUUUACCAUGUUUUAGAUGGUUUCCAAAGUUACUUCUUUCUUGCAAACAUGAGAGAAUCAGCUGACCAAGGACCAUUAUUUCAAUUGCGUCAGAAACUUUUUUCAACCAUAUUAGAAGAUGAAAAUUUAUAUAUCAAAACUCCCACAAUCGGAUCAGGCUUUCUUAAGGACAGGAUCUCCAGGAAUAAGGUUCUAAUAAUUUGUGAUGAUGUGUCAAAGUCAAGCCAACUCGAGUAUUUAUUCGGAGGAAACAAUCGGCUCAGCCCUGGAAGUCGAGUCAUCGUUACAGCUAGAGAUAAAAAAGUGCUUAUCCGAUAUGGCAUUGAUCUCAUUUAUAAAGUAGAGGAAUUAGAUAGAGAUGAAUCUGUUCAGCUCUUUUGUCAAUGUGCCUUCAAAAGCAAUCAUCCAGAAUAUCAGUUGGAGCUAUCAGAGAUGGUUUUAAGUUUUGUAGAAUAA